CAGUCCUGUCGCUGACCAUGGUCCUGAAAGUUUUUCUUUUUCUUUUACUUUUCUUUUCUUUUCUUAUGAGCCCUCAUACACACACAAUUAUUCUGUUAGUUAAAAAUUAAAAACAGCAAUUGUUCACUCGCACGUGCACUCUAAAGACAGCGCUUUAUGACACUCAUUUCAGCUGGCACACUCUCCCUUUCAGCCUCAGGAUCGUAGAAAUCACUUGAUCUAUAGGUUUUCUCAAUCUAAAUAUAUUUCCGUUCAGUACUAUAAUAAUACAAAUGUCAGGAAGUUAUUCAGAGCUCGUCCCCCAGUUUCCGAUGCAUUUUGACGAUAUCAUAACACCAACUUUAUUUUCAGCGGUGCAUAAAUUAAUUACACGCAUUUAAUAACUAAAAUAUCAUUAUAUUCCCCUCUUAAUAUCAUAAACGUUCUACGCCAGGGAAGCACUUAAUAGUGCAGGGGGCCAUAACAGGCUAUUAUCCUUGUGUAAUGCUAUUAGAGAACCAAUUAUGCACCAUUACACUUGCUUUUUUGCCGUUUAUGUGAUUUCAUCCAAUACCGUCCUGCACUUCAAAAUUUCAGCUGCUACUCGGAGCCUCAUUUCCAGCAGCAGAGGAGCGGCGGUGUCUGCGCGCGGCGUCCCGCGUGCGUUUUAAAAGUAAUUGAAAGGGUCCCGCUGCAUAUCAUUUACGCGAGAGUGGGAAAUAAAUCCUCGGACCCCUUGCUGUGAACAAAAUCAAAAUUUGGACCUGCGAGCGCGCAGCCAGUGGAUUCUCGUAUAAAGUGGACCCCUAACCCAUAUAAUGAGCAAUUACUGGUCUGACAGCCAAUUUUAAAUUCAAAAACAGUCAUCUAGAUUUUUAAUAUAAAAAGCAACUGUGUUAAAAAAAAAAAAAAAAAAAAAAAAAAAAAGUGCAUCGUGCUUGUGCCCGCGUGUGUUUGUGAUUUGGGAAUAUGCAUGCAUCGAGUUAAAGUUACACUUUCGGAGUAGCCUAAUGCCUUGGAGAAUUUUGACGUUUACCACCACGUGCGCGGAGAACCUAUCCAAAUGACUUGAAAACGAAAAUCUGAUUAAUUGCAAUUACGUGUGAGAUUAUAAAGGCGAGUGUUGUCAUGCUCUAAACAGUCACAAAGACAUCUGGUCACUCCCUCCUUAUGUGCGCGAGAGCGGAUAAACUGGAGCGCUCAGUGAUUGACGGUGGGAGUGCGAUUGCUCUGCUGAGGUUGAGCAGGAGACUCGAGAAUCGCGAUUGCAUAAAGACCAUCUAUUGGUACAGAUGUUUUUGUUUUGUUUUUACUUCAGAUCGGUUGCAGAGAAGUAGAAGUAUUGUUUAAAGUUAUUUUUUAAAAACGCAGAUUAUUGCAGCAAUAGUUGGAGAACAUCACUGUUGACGUGUGGCCAUUUUUUUCUUUGCAGAGUGAAAUAUUCUCUCCACUCGCAAAGCACCGGGAAACAUGUUUUACUUUCACUGUCCUCCACAGUUAGAAGGAGAGUGCUGCAGGACCAAUACAUUGAACACAAAUGGGUUUGGGAAUCACGCCUCUGGAGACUUUGAUGACGGUUUUCUGCGCAGAAAACAACGCAGAAACAGGACAACCUUCACUUUACAACAGCUGGAGGCUUUGGAGGCGGUUUUUGCUCAGACCCACUAUCCAGACGUGUUUACGAGAGAAGAGCUGGCUAUGAAAAUCAACUUAACAGAGGCUCGUGUUCAGGUGUGGUUUCAAAACCGACGAGCAAAGUGGAGAAAAACGGAGAGAGGAACUUCGGACCAGGAAGGAGGCAAAGAACAAAUGAGUGAAGGCGCCCCUCCUGCAAGAAACCUCAACCAGUCUCCUGUUGAGCAUGGCAGAAAUAAGAAAGAACCAAUGGAACUACAGCAGAAUAUUAACAGAAUGGUGGGUUCAGGUGGACCUUUUUUCCCAUCUUGUCUGCCUGGGACUCUGCUGAACACAGCCACUUAUGCACAAGCCUUGUCACAAGUGGCAACUUUAAAAGGAAGUCCAUUGUGUUCCUGCUGCGUGCCUGACCCAAUGGGCCUCUCCUUCCUGCCACCAUAUGGGUGCCAGAGUAACCGGACAGCCAGUGUCGCAGCCCUGCGGAUGAAAGCCAGAGAACAUUCGGAGGCCGUUCUUCAAUCAGCUAACCUGCUGGGAGCAGGGUCUACAACCGGGCCCGGAGCAGGUCCAGGGGUCGGUCUGGGACAAAGCACUGUUUCUGCAGGAGGAAGCGAUUCCAGUCCUAACUCCGGUACCUCUAAGAUCACAUCACUACGGAGAACUCCAGACAAGCAUCUGCACUGCCAAAAGGAGGGUCCGGAUAAGAAAUGAGGGAAUCCUGGUUAUUGUUUUUUUUUUCCUAAUUGGAGGACACACUUUGGAUGAAGGAUUUAUAAUCAAACAUUGAAUGCCUGCUGCCUCUUUUUUGAGAGCACUGACAUACCCUGGACAGGACGGUGUUAAGUGCAAUCCCUUAUUGUGUAUUUUGUGUGUAUGUAUGUGUCAAACUAAUUAUUCAAUUGUAAUUUUUCCUCUCCUCGUUCACUUUUACACAUGAUUCUUGACAUUGGUUUGCCCCGUUUGGGUCUACGUGGGCACCUGGCGCUGCAAUUUGCGUGGUGGAAUGACUUUUGAACAUGCUGUGUGACAAAAGAAAACUCCCUGGUUGUCAAUGUGAACUUCUUUAAUUUUUCACAAUCCACUUUGAUGUUUGACUUGUGUAUUGUGAAGUCAGGUGAUGAUAGACAUUCUGCAUUGUGUCAAGAUAUAUGCCAUGCUGAAAUGUAAAUGUACUAAUGUGAAAUAAUAUAUGUAAGAUAAUAUCAAGGACAGAACUGUAUAUUAAGUGGUUUGUCAUGUUUUAUGAUAUGAUCCGGGUAACUCUUAUUCAUGCUGAUGUGAUGACAACUGACACCUCUCUUGUCGUCACAUCUGUACGUCCGUGAUAGACUGCAAGAGUCCACACACUGGUCCUGCUUUGACAUGUUCUGUAAAACAAUUAAACAUGUAGGCAAUCAUGUACAUCUCCUGUUGCAUAUUG